AUGUCCAACUCUCUUGAACAAUUGAAGGCUACCGGCACCGUCAUUGUCGCCGACACUGGUGACUUCGAGUCGAUUGCCAAGUACACCCCUCAAGAUGCCACCACUAACCCUUCGCUCAUCUUGGCUGCCACCAAGAAGACCGAAUACGCCAAGUUGAUCGAUGUCGCCGUCGACUACGCCAACCAACACGAUGGCGAUGCCAAGCACAAGGCCACCCUUGCCCUCGACCGUUUGUUGGUUGAAUUCGGUAAGGAAAUCUUAAAGAUUGUCCCCGGACGGGUGUCUACCGAAGUGGACGCGCGGUUGUCGUUCGACAAGGAAAAGACCAUUGAAAAGGCCCUCCACAUCAUCAAGUUGUACGAAGAACAAGGCAUCUCUAAGGACAGAGUCUUGAUCAAGGUCGCCUCCACCUGGGAAGGUAUCCAAGCCGCCAGAGAAUUGGAAUCGAAGCACGGCAUCCACUGCAACUUGACCUUGUUGUUCUCGUUCGUGCAAGCCGUUGCUUGUGCCGAAGCUCAAGUCACCUUGAUCUCGCCCUUCGUCGGCAGAAUCUUGGACUGGUACAAGAAGAGCACCGGUAAGGAAUACACCGCCGAAAACGACCCCGGUGUGGAAUCGGUCACUGACAUCUACAACUACUACAAGAAGUACGGCUACAAGACCAUUGUCAUGGGUGCUUCGUUCAGAAACACCGGUGAAAUUGAAGCCUUGGCUGGUUGCGACUACUUGACCAUCUCGCCCAAGUUGUUGCAAGAAUUGUUGGACUCGACCGAAUCCGUCCCCGCCAAGUUGUCGGUGGAAUCCGCUCAAGCCUCCAAGCACGAAAAGGUUUCUUACGUUGACGACGAAGCCACCUUCAGAUUCUUGCUUAACGAAGACGCUAUGGCCACCGAAAAGUUGUCGGAAGGUAUCAGAAACUUCGCCAAGGACUGUGUCACCUUGUUGGACGAAUUGGAAAAGAGAUUUUAA